ACGUUUGGUUCGUGGUUGCAGAUACAGUAGCCAAGUUCAUCAUGUUCAUAGUCUUAGGGCUGGGUGUGCGAAGUCUUGCUAGCUCCGACUCUUUUGUCUCUCAGUUGGAGUGGUGGCUCACAACCUUUAUGCUGGCCACAGUACCCAACACAGUCAUCGUAGGAUUCCCUCUUUUGGAGGCCAUGUACGGCCCCGAUAGCUUACCAUUAGUUGCGCAGAUCGUGGUAGUGCAGGUCGUGCUCUGGUUUCCUUUCCUGCAAAUCGCACUCGACAUAGCGCAGUCUCUCCGCAAACCGGAGCGGCGACCAACGGAAGACUCUGAGUCGAACUUCGCUACACUGCAGUCACGGCAAUCGCCAAGCAUCUUCUCACUAGCGGCACGCGGGGACAGGCCGGACAGGGAAAUGCUUCAGCGGUCAACAGCAACAGAUCCAUGCUGCAGUAACCAUCGCCAUGUGGCCGUUGCCAGAAUCAUCACAGAGGCGUCUGCGCAUGACAGUAGAGAAUCGGCCGUCUCCGGUGCAGAAGGGAACCAUGAUUACGGUUCUGCGAAUCGAGAUGAUGACCGAGAGCGCGAGGAAGGGAGGUCCCUAGAGACUCUGCCAAUCCGUUCUACGAGUUCGUUUUUCACAGAGUCCCCAGCCGACUCUGCUGAAGCGGGAAGCAGUCAUCUCGACGGCCUCGAACCGUCGAUCUCCGUGGUAAUCCAGGCCUCUGGCGGGUCUGCCCCCCCCCGAUCACCUCCUGCUGCGGCGGCGCUGCGUCGCCUUACUGCUCGAGCCAGUGGCCAAGAAAGUGAAUCUCCUCUGCGCGAUCAGUGUAGAGAGCAGACACAGAAGAGGCCUGGCGUCGCUGGCGAUGGUGUGCAGGAUGUGAUUGAGGAGACGAAAGGCUGGAGGUGUGUUCCUGCCGGGAGUAACUGUUGCGAAAUGGAAGCCGGCGCAAACACAAAGGACGGGAGGAGGCCAUGUCCAUGGCUUCCGUCUUCCUCGCCACAUCAAUCCGAUCAAAGCGCGAGCAGAUUGCCAUCAGGCCCAUCACAGAGUUCGAACCCUGAUGGGGCCGAUGGGCCUGAUCCGCUAGAAGGGGGAAAUGAAGAAGGACCAGCAAGUCCAGGGCCAUCAGGCCCAUCACAGAGUUCAAACCCUGAUCCGAGAUCGCCGAGAUCGUCAGGGGAACGCAGGCUGUGGGUAGUCUGCGUCAAGGCCUUUCUUCAAGGGCGUCUGAUGUGGGCAGGCCUGGUUGGUAUGGCGUACAGCCUUCUUGCCUCAAGGUACGGGUUUGAUAUGCCGACGCCUUUGGAGAAAACGGUCACCAUGUUAAGCAACAUGUGCCUGGGUUUGUCCAUGAUCAGUCUGGGAAUGUUCACUGCACUUGAAGGCAGUUUGGUCCCGAUCGGCUGGUGGAACACCACGUGGACAUUCUCCUUGCGCCUUCUUUGGGAGCCAGCCCUGGCCGGCAUCAUCACCUACCUGUUUGGCUGCAGAGGGCGUGUUCUCAAAGUGGCCAUCAUUCAAUCGGCACUUCCACAAGCAGUUAUAACCUUCGUCCUUGCGUCUCAGUUUGGCGUUCAUCCAGACGUACUCAGCACAUCUGUGGGUCUGGGAACACUUGUAUCCCUUCCCCUGCUUAUCGUCUAUUACCUAUUAUUAGAGCUCCUGGUGUGAGGUCUCCCCGCCCCCUCAUACUUGGGCCCAUCAUUUCAUUUCAGAAAUUCAGAAUCUUCAAGCCGUCG